GCAACAACUAACCGGGACACCUGCUGCUGUUCGCGGCCCCACCGCUUUGGAAGGCGGGGCUGGGAGAGCGGCUGAGGUAAGCCACCUCCUCCGUCGGAACUGCUCGAACCUGCGCGAGGCUCUAGUCGGCGUCCAGGAGUGGCGGCGGGAGCGGCGCGCGCGAGUUCUGGGCAUUUUCCGUCACUGACCAGGGCUAUGAUUUCUUUAAAUGAAUAUGGUUCCAAUUCCUGGGAGCUCAAAGUCACAGUUGAUCAUCACAAUGGAGAAGAACAAAAAGAGAUUGCCCUUCAAGUAUCAGGGGAGCUUCAUGUCGGAGGGUUGAUGCUCAGACUUGUGGAACAAAUUGGGGUAUCACAAGAUUGGUCAGACUAUGCGCUUUGGUGGGAACAAAAGAAAUACUGGCUUCUGAAAACUCAUUGGACCCUAGACAAAUAUGGAGUGCAAGCAGAUGCCAUACUCUUGUUUACCCCUCAGCACAAAAUUCUUCGCCUUCGCUUACCAAGUAUGAAAACUGUGAGACUGAAUGUCAGCUUCUCCUCCGUAGUAUUCAGGGUUGUCGGGGACAUCUGCAAGAGCCUUGGUAUUAGGCGAUCAGAAGAACUGUCUCUGCUGAAGCCAACCAAUGAGACAAAAAAGAAAAAAAGAAAAGACAGAGAGAAGGACAAAAACAAAGAACCAGUCAUAGAAGAUGUUUUAAACCUGCACAAUUCUCCAGUGAGUUUGGGAUUGCCAGCCAGUCCUGGCUUAUAUAGCAAGACCAUGACCCCGACUUAUGAUCCCAUUACUGGUUCACCGCUCCCUUCCACCAUUGCAUGGUUCAGUGACAGCCCCUUGGCACAACAGAGCUGGAGCACCCUUGCUUUUAGCCAUCCUAACUGUGCACCAGAGACACUCGCCAAAAUGUAUCAGCCUCGGACAUUGGUCGACAAAGCCAAUCUGAAUUCUGGCUGGUUAGAUUCAUCUCGAUCACUUAUGGAACAAGAUAUCCAGAAGGACGAUCAACUUCUACUCCGUUUUAAAUACUAUGAUUUCUUUGAUUUGAAUGCAAAAUAUGAUGCAGUACGGAUCCACCAGCUAUAUGAGCAAGCUCGCUGGGCAAUUCUGCUGGAAGAAAUAGACUGUACAGAAGAAGAAACCUUCAUUUUUGCUGCAUUGCAGUACCAUAUCAGCAAGCUGACCUUAUCAUCAGGGUCCCAAGACUUCACAGUUGAAAGUGAAACUGACGAAGUGGAAGCAGCACUUUCCAAUCUUGAAAUAACAUUAGAAGGGGGAAGAUCAGAGAACAUAUUGGAGGAUAUCACAGACAUUCCAAAGCUUGCUGAUAACCUCAAACUAUUUAGAUCCAAAAAGCUGAUGAUGAAAGCCUUCAAGCAAUAUUGGUUUGUCUUUAAAGACACAUCCGUGUCUUACUUUAAAAACAAAGAAGCUGAACAUGGAGAACCAAUCGAGAAGCUUAACCUCAGAGGAUGUGAAAUUGUCCCAGAUGUAAGUGUGUCAGGGAAAAAAUAUGGGAUUAAAUUACUCAUCCCAGUUGCUGAUGGAAUGAAUGAAAUACAUUUGAGGUGUGGUGACGAAGAGCAGUAUGCCAGAUGGAUGGCUGCUUGUGCACUGGCUUCCAAAGGGAAAACAAUGGCAGACAGUUCUUACCAAUCUGAGGUGCAUAACAUCCUCUCACUCUUGAAAAUGAAAAGCAGAACAGCUGCACCCCAAGAAGUUUCGGAUGUAGAAAGCAUGGACCUGAAACCAGAAUGCUUCAUCUCACCACGAUAUGCUAAGAAAUAUAAAUCUAAGCAGCUAGCAUCUCGCAUUCUAGAAGCCCACCACAACAUCAUUCAUCUGUCUCUUAUGGAAGCUAAACUGAGAUUUAUCCAGGCAUGGCAAUCACUUCCAGAAUUCGGCUUAUCCUAUUAUGUUGUAAGAUUUAAAGGAAGCAAGAAGGAUGAUCUCUUGGGGAUUUCUUAUAACAGGUUGAUUAGGAUAGACAUUACUACUGGGGACCCAAUUACAACCUGGAGGUAUUCAAAUAUGAAACAAUGGAACGUGAACUGGGAGAUACGGCAGGUGGCCAUUGAGUUCGAUCAGAAUGUUUCUAUUGCGUUUGCUUGCCUGAGUGCCAAUUGCAAGGUGGUUCACGAAUACAUUGGCGGCUAUAUUUUCCUGUCAACCCGUUCCAAAGACCAAAAUGAGACGCUGGAUGAAGACUUGUUCCAUAAAUUAACUGGUGGAAGGGAAUGAAAGGAAACCAGAAGCUUUUUCUGGACUGCAUAGAAGAGCCAGAGGCGAUGGUCCUCUCUUAGAACCUCCUGCCUGAUUCCUUUAAUAAAAAUAAAGAGGAAGUGGGCAUAGUGCGAACCAAAGCACCAGCCUUUGGCAUCAAGAUGGAUGGCUUUUCACUUUCUGAUCAAAAAAUCAAUGUUCUGCUAUUAUCUUCUCCUCCAUCACCAUUUGGGGGAGGUGAUGGUGGAAAAGGGCAAAAUUAUAAAUGAAAGAUUAUGUCAGAUGGAACCCUCAUACUAUUCCAUGAAUAGGGCAAUUAAUUACAUAAUAGAAGUCUCUAGUGUUCUAACGUAUCAAACUUUGGAGCACAGUCCAGUUUGCUGCUUACUGCUCCCUUUUGCACACCACUCCUGUCAACUCUGAGUCACUGUCCUCUGCAGCCUUCCAGUCAGUGGAAUUCAUUGUUCUAAAGAGCUGCCUACUGCAACAACACAAAUCAUUUGUGGGAAGUGUAUUCUUUUAGAAAUAAUGUUUAUCCUUUGCACUCUGGAGCACCAGAGAAGGAAAACUAACCAAAACUCAAAGCAUGUCCUGCUUUCAAAAGAGCUUGUGGAAAUAGAAUGUCUCUGAAAGCUUGUUCUUAGAGAUAUAUGAAUUCUUGUGCCAGCUGUUUCACAAUAUGUUGUAGACUUUCAUUGGUGUUAAUUGUCUUAGACAAACUUUCUGGAAAGGCUCCUCCUCUCCAAGGGUUUCUGUCGAUAUUCAAUCACCGAUAUAUAUUUUGACACAAACAUGGAACAAUGUUUUCCCGUCUGUUCCUCCCGAUUGGUUUUUCACUAGUGAUUACAGUGGAGAGGAGGAGAAGCAAGAAUUAUCCAUACAUGCUGAGAAGGAAGGGAGGAAGAUGUUUUCUGGUUCUUUAAAUCUUAAAUAUAGAACACUGGCCUCCAGUGACUGCAUUCCAGUUCCAUUGCACAUGUGGCUGGAGCUUAUGGAAUCCAGUUGCUCGAAAGGUGUAGAUUCCUCAUCCUUGUUAUCCUUGAAUGACAGCAUUUUUCCCACACCUGUGAUCUUUUCUUGAUUAAAAUAGUAUCUAAAUAAAUAUGCAUUCAAUUCCAUUAUUUUUUGCUAGUAUUAUUUGCCCCUAUAUAAUUGUAAUUUAAAAUGUUAGAGGUACUAAGACCUAAUGUCUUAUAGAUGUACCAUCAUGUAUUAUAACUGACAUUUCAUGGGAGAAGAUGAUAAGACAACGGAAAUGAAAUAUGAAUGUACUAUAUAUUAGCAUAGUAAUUUUUAAUAAUCAGUUUGGUCUAGUGGUUAAGGCACCAGGCUAGAAACAAGGAGGCUGUGAGUUCUAGUGCUGCCUAAGCAUGGAUGACCUUGGGCCAGUCCCUCUCUCUGUGCCUUAGGAAAUAGGUAAUGGCAAACCACUUCUGAAAUCUUGUCAAGAAAACUGCAGGGGCUUUUCCAUACAGUUGCAGCCAAAAAUGUGGUGAUAAGCUUUUCAGGGGUUAAUUUACACAGAUUUAUAUUCCCUUAUAUUUGUGCCUGAUUAAGUCAACAUGGGAGAGGCACACAUAACACAGGUGAAUGGAUCUCAUGUGACAGAAAUAAAGGGCAAGUGAAUGAGUGUGUAAAUGUGUAGAACGAAAAAUCAAUUUGCUUAUUUUCAGCAUCAUUGCUGUAAAUUGGGUUUCUUGUGACUGGCUUUGCACACUAUAGCAGCCAUUCUAUAGAUAUUUUAGAGAGAGCCUUUUUCAAAAUUCUAAAUGUAUCUGCUCCAAAGAGUUAAAGAUUCCAUUUUAAUCAAAGGGGCUUUUGCUUUGUUCCUCCUGUAGAUCAUAUUUUUGUCCCUUUUUAUUAUUAUUUUUAACUAUAAAAUACUUCAGCCGUUUCUGUAUUUUGCAGUUUUGUAGAAUAAUGAUUAAAAUGAGCUUUAUUAGGUUUUGCUGUGUUUUAGCUGCAAUCAUUUAAAAUAAACUUUAAAAUGUUUUUAAACUGUU